AACCGCUAAAUCACCACAAUGUCUCUCGUUCUGCACCGGCUCUCUUUUAACUCCAGAAAGAAGAGAACACACAUCAACGCAUUUGAAGAAGCCGACACGGUGAAUGAAUGUAGUGCACUCGCGUGCCGUGGGGGCGGAGCCAGGUGUUAGGGGAGGAGGGGAAAGGCAUGUUGAGGAAACGAAACCUAAAGCACCCCGACGUGUAAGAGGUUCCCUCUUUCUGGAGAAUAAUAAUACACAUCAAAUAGUCUGACAGACAGCAACAACAGCAAGGAAUGGCCUCUGCAAUCACUUCCUGGUCUGAGGAGAACUUUUCAUGUUCCAUCUGUCUGGAUGUGUUCAGCAGUCCAGUUUCCACACCAUGUGGACACAACUUCUGCAGAACCUGUAUUACAAAGUACUGGGAUGAACAAGUCAAGUACAAAUGUCCUGUUUGCAACAAGCUUUUCGACACAAGACCUGAUCUACAGGUCAAUACCCUCUUAUCAGAGAUGGUUGAUCGGUUUGGAACGUCCGUAAGAGUAAGAGAGCAGCCUUAUGUUGAACCAGCUGAAGUUCCCUGUGACGUUUGUACUGGGACCCAGCUGAAGGCUGUGAAGUCCUGCCUGGAGUGCUUUAUGUCGUUCUGCCAAACCCACCUGGAGCCACAUCAGAGAGUCACAGUUUUGAAGAAACAUCGGCUGGCCGAGCCUAUGGACCGUCUGGAAGACCGGAUGUGUAAGAUACACGACCGACUUCUGGAGCUCUUCUGCCAGACUGAACAGGUGUGUGUGUGUGUCUUCUGCACAGAGGGUGACCACAGGUGCCAUCCUGUUGUACCUCUAAAGGAGGAAUAUGAAGUGAAGAUGGCCCAGCUGGGGAAGAUAGAGGCUGAAGUCCAGCAGAUGAUCCAGGAGAGACAAAAUAAUAUUCAGGAGUUUAAAGACAAAAUAAAAUGCAGCAAAGCAGAUGCAGACAGAGAGAUAGCCGAUGGUGUGCAGGUCAUCACUGCUCUGAUGCGCUGCAUUGAAAAGUGCCAGGAUGAUCUCAACCAAAUGGUUAAAGAGAGACUGAAAUCCACAGAGAAACAAGCUGAAGACCUCAUCAAAGAGAUGGAGCAGGAAAUAGAAGAUCUGACCAAUAGAAGCUCAGAGGUGAAGCAGCUCUCACAGACUAAAGACCACCUCCACUUCCUCCAGGCCUUCAGAUCCCUGAAGAAUCCUCCACCCACCAGGGACUGGACAACGGUGGAGGUCCGUCCUCCGUCAUACGUAGGGACCUUGAGGAGAUCCCUGGAUCAGCUGAAGGAGACACUGAACAUGGAGAUGAAGAAGCUGCAUGAUACUGAACUGAAGAUAGUCCAGCAGUAUGAAGUAGAUGUGACUCUGGAUCCUGAUACAGCUCAACCCCGUCUCAUCCUGUCUGAGGAUGGGAGACAAGUACAUGAUGGAGAUGAAGAGAAGGAACUCCCAAACAACCCUAAGAGAUUUACGAAGCAACUAUGCGUUCUAACGAGGCAGAGCUUCUCCUCAGGGAGAUUUUACUUUGAGGUCAAGGUUAAAGACAAGACUGGAUGGGGUUUAGGAGUGGUUAGAGAGUCCAUCCACAGAAUAGGUGAGAUCAUAGAGACCCCUGAGACGGGUUACUGGAUUAUUGACUGCUACAAGGAUGGGUUGGUAUUUAGUGAUGACCCUGAUGUCCGUCUCCCUCUGAGAGCUGAGCUCCAGAAGGUGGGGGUGUUUGUUGAUUAUGAUGAGGGUCUGGUCUCCUUCUAUGAUGUGGAAGCCAGGGUUCAUAUCUACUCUGCUACUGGCUGCACCUUUAGUGAGCCUCUCUAUCCAAUCCUCAAUCCAUGCACAAAUGAUGGUGGUAAAAACUCUGCCCCCCUGAUCAUCUCACCUGUCAAUCAAACAGACUGUGUCAAUCAAAUGUUCUGGCUCCACCCCAGAGACGGUGAAAACCUGAUCUCCAAUCAAGCCCCGCCCCUCAGAGGAAAACUACCGUUUCCCAGAAGAAUGGCUUCUGCUAACACUUCCUGGUCUGAGGAGAACUUUUCAUGUACCAUCUGUCUGGAUGUGUUCAGCAGUCCAGUUUCCACACCAUGUGGACACAACUUCUGCAGAACCUGUAUUACUAAGUUCUGGGAUGAGCAAGUCCAGUCCAAAUGUCCUGUUUGCAACAAGACUUUUGACGUAAGACCUGAUCUGCAGGUCAAUACCCUCUUAUCAGAGAUGGCUACUCCGUUUAGAAAGUCCUUACGAGCAAAAGAGCAGCCUUGUGUUGAACCAGCAGCAGUUCCCUGUGACAUCUGUACUGGGACCCAGUUGAAGGCUGUGAAGUCCUGCCUAGGGUGUUUCAUGUCAUAUUGCCAAACCCAUCUGGAGCCACAUCAGAGAGUCGCACGCCUGAAGACACAUCAGCUGGUCGAGCCUAUGGACCGUCUGGAAGACAGGAUGUGUAAGAAACAUGACCGACUUCUGGAGCUCUUCUGCAAGACUGAACAGGUUUCUGUAUGUCAGUUCUGCACAGAGACAGACCACAAGUCCCAUCCUAUUGUACCUCUGAAGGAGGAAUAUGAAGUGAAGAUGGCCCAGCUUGAAAAGAUAGCGUCUGAUGUUCAGCAGAUGAUCAAGGACAGAAAACAAAAAAUAAAGGAGAUCAAAGACACAGUAGAACUGAGCAAGAAGGAUGCAGAACGAGAGAUAGCUGAUGGUGUGCAGGUCCUCACUGCUCUGAAGCAGAGCAUUGAAAAGUGCCAGGAUGAUCUCAACCAAAUGGUUAAAGAGAAACUGAAAUCCACAGUGAAACAAGCUGAAGGCCUCAUCAAAGAGAUCGAGCAGGAAAUAGAAGAUCUGACCUUUGGAAGCUCAGAGGUGAAGCAGCUUUCACACACUAAAGACCACCUCCACUUCCUCCAGGCCUUCAGAUCCCUGAAGAAUCCUCCACCCACAAGGGACUGGACGACGGUGGAGGUCCGUCCUCCGUCAUACGUAGGGACCUUGAGGAGAUCCCUGGAUCAGCUGGAGGAGACACUGAACAUGGAGAUGAAGAAGCUGUGUGAUGCUGAACUGAAGAGGGUCCAGCAGUAUGAAGUAGAUGUGACUCUGGAUCCUGAUACAGCUCAUCCCAAGCUCAUCCUGUCUGAGGAUGGGAAACAAGUACAUCAUGGAGAUGUAGUGAAGAAACUCCCAGACAACCCUAAGAGAUUUACAAUGCAUAUAUUUGUUCUCACGAUGCAGAGCUUCUCCUCGGGGAGAUUUUACUUUGAGGUCCAGGUUAAAGACAAGACUGGAUGGUGUUUAGGAGUGGCCAGAGAGUCCAUCGCCAGAAAAGGUCAGAUCACAGUGACCCCUGAGACGGGUUACUGGAAUAUUUUCAAAAACAAGGAUGAGUUGAUAUUUAGAGAUAACACUGCUGUCCGUCUCCCUCUGAGAGCCGAGCUCCAGAAGGUGGGGGUGUUUGUUGAUUAUGAUGAGGGUCUGCUCUCCUUCUAUGAUGUGGAAGCCAGGGUUCACAUCACCUCUGCUAUUGGCUGCACCUUUAGUGAGCCUCUCUAUCCAUUCCUCUGUCCAGGCAACAAUGAUUAUAAAGGUGACAACUCGGCCCCCCUGAUUAUCUCACCUGUCAAUCAAACAGACUAGGAUCUUUGUUUGAUAAUAAAAUAAUCAAACAACCAAAACAACUAAUGUUGUUUCCUGAAUUAGAAUCUCUACUAUGUGAGAUCUGAGAGUACUGCUUAAUGUUGUAGUGUUCACUGUCAUUUAACAAGGAGAAAUUCAAAAAGGUAAUAACCUGUGCAGUUAUUAAAUAUAACCCAUUAUUGGAUUACAUACUUUGUUGUUCAAUGUCUGAUUGACAUUGACUGAUAUCAAAUUGUAAAUGUAUGCAGCAAUUGGAAAAUGUUGAA